UAUUCGAAUAUCUCGCGCGCAACGAGAGUCGUGCCGGCGGCGCUGCGCUCUUGAAUCCGCGGCGAUGGAGUCGAUGUGUUGUGAUUGUUGUCCAGGUGCACGUUUGACAGCUAAGCAGCACUAGCCAGUUAACCAUAACAGCUGACAACAGUGAGCCGAGCUCGACGCGGCAGCUCGUAAGCAUUGAGGCGGACAAGAGUCCAACGCGGGGGUGAAUCACGAGUUUUCGGUGUGGAAGAAAACCGAUUGGAGGCGCCGGAGGCUCGACCAUGGAUUCCCCCUUCUUCGUCGUGGAUAGUUAACAUCCGACGUUCACCCCCAAGCUGGAAACUCGAGUCAGAGAUACGAACCGACGAGCAAGAGGAGUAUACUUUCGUUCGUCGACGUGCGCGGAUAGGCAUCACAUUCGACUUGCUUGCACCGACGCAAUUUAAUUCCCUAAUUUUGAUUGAACUUGAAUGAAGAACAAACAAACAAUAAUCAGAGGAAAUCGCUUGGAGUGAGGGAAUGGUUAUCGCUUCAAAGCAACGCAAAAGUGCUUGGAUUUUAAUUUUCUAACUUUAACAUGUCAAAUCCUGUCUACAAUUGAACUUUGACUGUCUGGUUGUCGCGUCGUGGUUUUCAACGUGGACUUGAAGAGCUAAGAACUGAGAAGAAAAGUUUUAUCAGAGAGAAACGCCUUCGCAUUCUCGUGCUCAUCGUAAGAUUUAUGAGCGAAUUGUCACAUGCUUUCUCCGAGACGCGAUAACGAGGCACUGCCGUAAGCGGCACGGGAGCAAGUCGGCAGAUAUGAAUUACCAGUGAUGAUAAAUCAGAUCCUGUCAUUGCGGUAGGAUGUAGCAGCGAUUUCUCGCGCGGUUCAUAUUCUGGCGGUGAUGAUUUAUUGAUAGUGUUGAGUAGAGGCGACAGCGGCAGUAGCGACGGCAGUGUUUGUUAUCGGAGAGUCUAUAAAUCCGGGGUUACGGCUCUCCGUCAUUUCGUGCUCCGUGAAAGUUCCGUGAAGCUUCCGAACUUCCCCGCGGAAGGCUAUAAAUUUGCUGUGAUCAAUCGCGAAUACGUGGGGAUGUUAUGUAAGUCGUAUUCACGUUCGGUAAACACAUUCGGCACUCCCGUAAUCGGAUUUGUAAUGCGCCGCAAUGUUGCACAGUUGUUACGCUCCAAUCACAGAACACGAUUAAGUAAAGUCAAGUAAAAUAUCAGUUGUUCUUAUUGAGGCCUCGUUGCGAUCUUUUGACUCGUUUUUGCAAAACGUUGGAAUUAAGAUGUCACGCAAUCACCGUUUCCCGUUGUAUAUCACGUACAUAAUGUAAUCGUUGAUCAUGUAUUGAAAAUGUGAAUUCUAGUUGUCAGCGUACACGGUGUCAGUUCCUUGCUUUCAAGUGACAUACACGGCAGGACAUAUUGAUAAUGCAUCUCAACACCUGUUGGUUUACUCAGCGCGACGUGAGGAAUCCCGAUCUUUCAGGUGAUCAAGUUACUUGGUCGAAGGAUGCACGUCAAAGGCAGCACGAGGACAAUCUGUGCGCGUGGUUGAGUUUAGACGAGGUGGCGAGCUACGAGGAAGAUGCGCGGCUGAAGACCGAGGAGCCAGAGGAGGAGGACGAGAAGGAGCACGAGGAACGGAGUUCAGGGAUGUCUACGGUGUCGAUCAAUAAACUGCAAGUUCUAUGGGACCACUUUAUUCAUGCCGAACCCCAGAGUUACGAGAAAUCGUGCUGGCUCGAUGUAUUUUUGGCUGAAUUGCUCGCGCAAAUUAAAGAAGGCAAAGACGUAAAAGAUGUUCUUUCUUGUUGUUCGGUUGGCGUUGGUGGUGUGUCGACCCUCGUAGCCUGUGAAUUGCUCUCGGAUGUACACGAGCUGUGUGGAAACAGAAACGAUGGUGGUGAGCUGAUCGGUCUGCGAAAGUACUUGGUCCAGGAUCGCGGUUGGCGAUACUUGGCAGUGCUGCAUUUGCUAGGUGUGCGUGGUUUGUCCUGCGGUCGCGAAUUGGUCGCGCUGUUGGUCGCUCUCUAUCAGGUCGCGUUUCAAGAGGGAGCCGAUUCAGGGGCUGACUUAACCACCGCGUCGCAAAAGUCCGACGGCGAUUCUGCUGUCGAAUCAUCGUCACACAACCAAUACAUCAGAUUUCACUGUAACGACGAUACCGUCGAUACAGUGAAUAUCGUGUUGCACGCAAAACGCAAGAGCAAUAAGAAUUCUAGCCGUAGGCGUUCCUCUCAUGAUGGCAACACACCAUUGCGCAGAAGAUUUGCUCGCCGACACGUCGUCGGUGCUGCGAAGAUCCACCAAUCCACCAGUCACAAACAGAAGAAAUCAUCAUCGAUUCUGGAAGCACGACGUAAUACACCGGAAAACGAGACGAGCAGCGAGUUUGAAUCAUCGACGGACGGUAUCGAUCCAGCGCGUUCUCUCACGUUGAAGAUACGCCUGAAUCCGAUGGACUUUGAAUAUUUCACAUCAAUCGUUAGGAGCGACGAAGAGCAAAAGUGGCAGGCUGAAUUGUACGAGCUGCCGCCUCGUCCCGUAAGGAAAACGCCGCGCGACUAUAUUGAUGAAAGAAUCCGCGAUGUAUUAGAUGCCGAUAUCAGUAACUUUGAGAUUAGUUUGCUGAUCAUACAACUGCUGCAAGGUUUGCGUGACUAUGACACACCUGCUGAACAAACGCCGGCUGUGCAAGUUUUAAAAUUCGCUCUUGAUACGCUAUGGUCGCUACAAUUCAGCAUAGACGGCAGCAGUUUGAAUGGUACGGAAAGUGCGACUCUGAAGGCAGCAGCUGCCAGACUAAUGUUGACAGCUCUGGAACGUGCUUUGAGAGCCGAUGAACCCACUACGGCUGUGAUUCACAAUGGCCUGUUGCCAAUGACUCUGAGAUUACUGGAGAAUGCCUGUAGCAAGCCGGUGACCGUGUUGGAACCAGAGGAAGGUUCGCUACUACAAGAAUUCAUUUUCGCCAUCAUCUAUGGGAUCGUUACAUUCCUCUAUUGCUUAUUACAUCAGCGUAGCAGCAAUGUCGAUAAGUUGUCUGAUUUCCUCGAAUUGUUUCGACUUUUUGUCGAGAGUCAAGAUGGUAGGCUCGUCGAGAGAACGGUGUUCGCGAUUGUCAAUCUACCCAGUGUUGAUCCAGCGAAAUCGAUAGUACGGGCUAAAAAAAUAAUCGACAUAAUAGGCGCACUUACCAGCGGAUUGAAAAGCGUUCGUCGUGAUCUCUCGCACGCCACGCAGUGUCACAGGACCAAGCACAAAUCCUGCAUCGAUCACGUUCAGAGUCAUCAUCAUUCUGACAUACUCGGAGCACCGUAUGCCCAACCGAUUGUUGGCGUAGCUGAUAAACAAAUGUGCUGCAUUUCUUCAUUAUUUGCGACGCUUACGAGUUUAUUGAAAGAAUCUCAUUUAUUCACGAGCGAGCUGCAAGUGAGACUGAUCGGGAUAAUUACCGCCGCGGGUACGUGCUGUUGCUUCCCACCGAAGAUACUCGUCUCAAGCGUCAUCGCCUGCCUUAGAAAACGCGACUAUUUAACGUAUGCGCCAGCCAUGGCAUUCUUAGAGCGUACUCUCUUCAGAGAAUUGGGCGCUUAUUCGAUGAUAGAGACAUGCAGCAUUUGUGAUAGACCGGCCAAUUAUUCAUGGGACUUUCUGGAAUUGUAUAAUGAUUUGCUGUGCCCUAACGAUCCGAAACUUUGUUACGUCGUCAUGGCGCAUCUGCUGAAAGUCACACCUGGUUCCCGGUUUCAUGCCAGAGAACAACUUCUUUUUAGAAUUUUCUAUCCAACUUUCUUAUCUGCCAAAGCGCAUUACAUAACCGAUAAGGACAACGCAACGACGAGAUUUCUUUUACAAUCCUGUAUGUCCGUUAUAUCAUGUUUAAUCGUGAAUUUGAAGAUGUGCGAGAAAUUCAUGGAGAUAAAUGGAUUACACGAAAUACUAUCUUUAAUAUCGGACGCGGCAUUCACUAGGAGCGUCUACGCUCUUCUGGAAGUUACCGUAACUGUAGAGAUCUGGAAUAUUUGUAAGGAACUCGACAAUGUAGAAAGUAUCGAGGCGCCGGCGACAAAGUUCCUCUUUGAAAUCCUCAACAGAGAGACAAACAAAUUGUUUAUCAGCUUGCAGCGUCUCAAGGAACUGAGAAAGAAGACGGAUCAACAAGGUGAAAAGGAUGCACCUGAUACACAUUCUAACUAUCAAAAAGCUGAAUUAUCUGCUCUCGAAGAUCUAAGAACGGAGACUGUUGAAACGGCGGCUGAAGAUCUUGAUGAUACAAUUCUAUCACAACUGCCUGAAAGUGAUACUCAUCGCGAACAAUUAGAGAACAAGACUGAUAUGAUAGAUGCUGUAGCGAAUUUGAAUUUGUUCGAGAAUUUUUAUUUUCUUAUAGAGGAGACUAUUGAAGUGUAUGACGACGGGGAUGCGUCAUACAGUAAAUUCAGCCUGUAUCAGGCUAGUGCAGCAUGGAGGGCUGCCGCAGGAGUAGCACUGUGCAGCCCGAAAUUCCGCACUGAACUAUCAAUACAUCCAGUAUCCAAGAAAUUGUUGCAUUUGCUCAAGUUGUUAACUCUGGGCAUCGCCACGGACAGUAUUGAAGAUAAAUCAGCAUAUAAGCUCUUUGAGGCCCUGAUUACGUGUUGUCUGAUAUCUCCAUUGUGUGAUUGUGAUGUAAUCAUGGAGUUAGGAAAAACACUGAUGAAUACCGGGAUAACGCUUGGUCGCGGAAUAGCUGUGGUAGUGGACGCGGUGUUGAAGGUGUCUAUGCUGAAGCCAGCGCAGGAAAACAGUAUACAGCAACAACCACGUCCUAGACUACCAAUUAUGUCGUUGGAGACUCUACCGGAUUACGGCGCAGAAGAUAGUAGUACCGGCGAAUACGUAACCGCUGACGAUGGAUACGAAGCGGACAUUGAAGUACCUGGAAAAAAUGUCAACAACAGCAUCUCCAAGAAGAGCAGCAGUCCACUUGGACCUGUGAUAGAACCUAGAGGUCACGCCAAUGCGCAUCCUGCUCUGUGUUCUCUGGCAAUAGAUCUUUUGAUUCAUUUCAGUGAACAAGGUUUAAAUUUAGAGAGAGGAUCGAUAAUAACUGGUGGAUUGCGAAGGAUCACUGUUACUUGUCGGGAAAGUGCCUCAAGUUGUGCCGCCCUCGCGGCCUCGGGAACUAUUAUGAAGAUAUUGAAUGGUUUUAAAAACGUAUUUACGGAAAACGAUCCGCGAUACCGAGAUUUACAGCACGCGGCAUUGGAAGUUUUUACAUUAUUGGCAACGCAAUCAAUCUCGCCGACAGAGCUCGUCGCGUAUAUGUCGUUUUUCAAAGUACAGAAACCGCCAUUGUUGCCCUUACUAGAGCCAUUAUAUCACUUGGUACUGGCUGCACGACCUCAGCCAAAUUUUAUUCUGUCGUUCCCUGUGCAGUACGACACGAAAAUUUCGCUGAAGGUUCAAACGGAAGAACACAAGAAUUUGGAGAAGGCCGAGAACCUUGUGAACAAUUUCAGAAAGAAGCAUCUCGCCGCGGGAAUUUGCAGUCCGUGGUCUGUACAUGCAACGUGCCUACCUGUCGGGCAGGAACUUGCCUGGUCAGUGUGGUUACACGGUUGCUCUGCUUCCAUGUGGUUAAGGAUAGAAAGAGGGCUACCAGUUGGCGGACGUACUACAACUGUUCACAGCACUUCUCCAUUGCUUGAUUCGGACAACGAGAGUUUAUCAGAUUGGGGUAUUCUUUCUGAUGACUGGAAUCGAGAUGUUAUAGCAGAUUCUGUGUCGCCACCCACGCCAACAUCAAUAAUACAUUUGAUGUCCAUCGGGUUCGAGUCGCUGGUUUUGGAAACUUGGCUUGACCUUAAAUCAGAUAAAUUAAUCUUACGACUCACUCGACCAGAUGAUAAGAUGAAUCGAACGAUCUCAGAAACUUCGAUAAACGGCAUGUUUCCUUCGGGAUGCUGGCAUCACUUGAUUUUAAAUAUUAAAGAUACUGUCCUGAAUAAACGCAGUGCUGUGGUUGAGGUUACGCUUUGGGUGGACGGUUGGAAAGAAAUCAAUGCUCAAUUACCGUUUGACGGUUUAUUGGUGAGAAAGCCUGGUACUACGUGUAUUUUGUUAGGUCAAAUCGGGUCAAGCAGUAUUGGCGCGUGGUAUCUUGGGAAUUUAAUGGUUUUUAGAUGUCCAGUAUUUACGAAAGAGCGUGCAUUGCAUCUGGCAGGUUUUGGACCAAAUUACACCAACUUGGCAGAUUGUAUCUUAAACACGGUCAAACCUGAUUUUGCACCCCUUAUUGCAUCCGGUGCGUUGAAUGGCGUUCGCGAAGUGAAAUACGAAGGAGGUAAAUUUGAUUUAAGUCGGCGAAAAUCUUACGGUGGUACUUAUCUGAGACAUGCCGUCGAGACAGUAAUAUCAGAAUCGAAAAUUGAUUGGGAUGCCGUUAUGGACGCGACAAACUCACAUCUUAGCGAGCUGCAAGAUAAUUUGCUUCUUAAUUAUGAGGCUCAAAAUCCCAAUAUUGUACACUUGUAUCCUCAAGCUGUCGCUAAUCCUGCUGAGCACAGAGUAUCGCAGCAGCCGCCUCUAACGAUACCUCCAAUCAUGUCUACUCGUUUGGAAAGUCAACAGUACCGAGGCCUUGUGCCUGCGGCAAUCUUAGUGGGUGGUGUACCAGUCUUUUUAUAUCUUUUUGCCAGAGUGGUUGAAUUAAAUUCCACCGAGGAGGAACAAGCGCUGGCUCUGUCCAUAAUCCUGCAUCUUGUUCGUAGUGAUUCGGAACUCUUGAAUCAAUAUCGAUUGGAUGGCGGGACGUCGCUAAUUCUGCGUGUUUUAGAAUCGUCUAAGUGUCAUGCAGGUAGACACAUUCUGAAGGCGAUACUGGAUGCGGCAUGUGACAGCUCGAUCAUCAUCAAAGAUAUCGGCAGCGGUAAUCAUUCCAUCUCACAGAAUUGCGAAGCCGUUAUCACAGAUCCGGGAUUGAUCAAAGGCGCGCUCACUGCAUGGAGAGCGUGGGUUAAAUACGAUACGUUAAAUUUAUUGUUGCAAGCGUUAUUAGUUUUAUUGCGAGAUCAACAUUCGCAUCGUGAAUUCAAUGCGUCACAGUUAAACAGGAUCGGUAUCGUGGAUACAAUUCUUACCUUGUGUAAGGAACACUUCAUGUAUGAAAUGCAUGAAGAAGAAAGUACCAUACUGGACUCGAAUACCGGAAUCGCUAUUGUGGAAUUAAUGCGCGCCUUAAUGGGUGCACCUCCUGAAUUUGCUCACUUGGUCGCCAUCACUGAUUAUUUAGUUCUUGUUCAUCAAGCCUCAGAGACUUAUGUCACUCAUUCGCGACAUAAUAUCUAUUUUAUGCUACCGCAACUCAAGGAAAAGAAUAACAAAAGGAACGACAUUAUUAUUUCCGAUGACUCGAUAGGAAUGGUAGAGAACAGCAAAUUAAAUAAGGCACUAACAAAUGAACAGAUUCAAAAAACGCGAAGUCCAAAAAAGAAAGACCGUAAAAAUGUGCUGUCAUCGGAUAAUACUAGUGCCGGAGAAGAUUCCGGAAUUGCAGGUAGCGAUGGGUCCAAUCCUCAAAGCAACGAAAGACAAUCAACAUACGCGGAUGAAAGAAGAGCUUGUCAAGGCUUAGUUUGUGAAGGGUUGUUAUUAUUAUUGAGAGAUGCUGUGAGAGUGUUACCAGACUGUCAAGUUGGAUUAGUGCUGAAGCAUGUUUUAAGGGCUGAACUGCUAUUAGUUCUAGCCAAUGAUCCUGAUAAUCGCGUGCGCACAGCAUUAAUCAAGGUGGUACAAACCUAUCUACAACGUGCUAGUGAUGAGGAAGUUAAUAAGUUUAUAAAACAAAAAUAUUUCAUGCAUUUAGGAAAUCAGAUAGCUUUAUACCCCGGAAGUGAAUCGCUAAUUGUUGCUUUAGAAAACUUAGCUCUACGUGGUCCGACAUUGGCGGCGUUGCCGCCGUUAAUGGCGAUGAUUGCGAAAGCCGCGAGUUCUGAUUCGAAUGUAGCCAGACCAAUAAUAUCGUUUAUCACUGAUAUAAUAGCGAAGAAUACGAGUGCACUGAGAGCACUUCUGGAACAAGGUUUAAUUGAGUCAUUGGCACAAGCUCUGGUCACAGCCGCGCAUAAAAGUACAUCGACGUCUCUUCACCGAGACAUUCACGUACUGUUUGUGGCAAUCGCGACUAAGCUUCUAGAACUACCAGGAAAUCAUCAGAUGCAAGCUGUACUCGAUCUACACAUGAUACUCGAUUACAUGGAACUAUCGGAGAAGUUACGAUGUCGCGCAAGUUUGACUUGCACAGCUAUACGAGACGCUCAAGUCGCAUUAUUCGACGGAGAGUUGGAUGUGCUAACGACUAAAAUGUCGAAUCCUUCAGGAUUCCGUCUACGUAGCACAGCCUCCUAUUUGGCUUCGGCAUCUUACUUUACCUCAGUUCUCACAACAUCUAGCGAGCAGAGCGAUCACGGAUCCCGUUCGUCUAGUUACGCAAAUUUCCAUACGAAUUCAUCCCAGGUGCUACGCGAACCUAGCAAAGGAGAACUGAACGAUCGUUUUCGUAUCAUUAUAACACGUGCUGUUGAAUUUAUAACGGCCACUGACGCUUCGCCAUCCAUCAAUGAAUUGCAAUUGACGAGAAGGUUGUUUUCCAUUCUUUUACAUGGUCUGUGCAGUCCGCUGGAGAAGAAAAAUCACACAUGGAGUAACACAUGGUCCAUCAGAUCAGCUUUAAGAAAACAUACGGCUAGAAUUAUGGUAUGGUUGCUGGAACCUCAUCAGAGUAUCAAUACGAGAGUAUACGCCAUUAGAUCUUUAAUGGAAGAACCGAGAGCUCGUGAAAUUUUGUCGUGUAUUCUAGAAGUUCAUCCACAGAUGGAGCAAAAGUUCGCUGUGUUCUUCUGGGAUCUGUUGCAAAAACGGGAUGAGAUGCCGAGUGCUGAUGCUAGAGUGUGUGCAGAGUUAAAAGAAGCCUUGCGUGUAUGGAACCUCGCUAAGGGAAUAGAACAGGCUAGUCCUGAAGUGUGGAAUGACGAAUUAGCUUUGCUACGUCGAGAUUUGCUUUCAGAUCAAGAUAUUUGUGUUGACAAUUAUCCCGCGAUUUUAAGAAUCGGCAAGAGAUUCGAUGCAUUAGCAAAACAGCUAACCGAAAGCGCUAUGACCAUAACGCGUUCAGUUGUGGAAGAACAAAAUCGUGAACGUAAAGUGUUGAUGGAACAAUUGAAACACACGCGAGCAUUAGAGGCACAAGCGGUAGCCAGAUGGAGGGACAUAGCCAAGCGACUAACACACGAACGAGCACCAUGGCACUUUCCCGAAAGCUAUCCAAAAAAUUGGGAAUUGGACCCAACUGAAGGCCCUGCGAGAGUCAGAAUAAGACUUCAGAGAUGUCACUUGAAUAUCGACAAAAGAUUCUUUUUGCCUGAACAUCAAGAUAGAUUAACGUCUUUUAAUAUCGAGAUGCCAUUAUCGUACUUGUUUACAAGUACUCGUGAAGACGCUAAUACUGCAGCUUUAAUCGAACGGUUGCAUACGAGUGAGAAAAUACGUAAGAUGUCUCAGGCGAAAGUUGUUACACCUAGGGCUGAAUUAGCCGGAGAAGUCCUUAUCGGUGAGACGUGCGUGUAUUUCGUUCCGGACAAUCCUGACAUGCCGUUGCACACGGACAUAGCAUUGGGUGGUUUCGAUUUGGCUGUGGCUGGUGGUACUGCUUGGCGUCUCGAGGAUAUUCGAGAAUUGCAUAGAAGAAGAUACCAGUUGCAAGAGAGAGCCAUUGAAAUUUUUCUCAUUACUGGUAGAACAUAUUUAUUGGCAUUUAAUUCGUCCAAGGAAAGGGAUGAAUUUGCGACGGAACUAUCCGCAUGUAAUUUACCCAGACGAAUCCCUGGCGAUGACUUGGGAGAAGCUCUAGCCUUGUGGAGAAGUGGCGCGCUCACCAAUUGGGAAUACAUAACUUGCUUGAAUAAAUUGGCAGGCCGUUCAUAUAAUGACUUAAUGCAAUAUCCCGUAUUUCCAUUUGUUUUGGCAGAUUAUAUUAGCGAGAAGAUCGACUUGAACAAUCCAAAAAUUUAUCGAAAUUUUAAACGACCAAUGGCUGUGCAAGAUAAAAAGAACGAGCAACAUUACAUAAAUAAUUAUAAUUACUUGAAACAAACUUUAACUGAAGGAUUAAAUCUAAUUGCCUUAAAUCAAGGACCAUUCCAUUAUGGCUCUCAUUAUAGUAAUUCUGGAACUGUAUUACACUUUUUGGUACGGCUUCCACCGUUCACUAGCAUGUUCCUUUGUUAUCAAGACAAUAAUUUUGAUAUUCCCGAUCGAACAUUCCAUGCUUUAGCCACCACAUGGAGAUUAACUAGUUGCGAUUCAACAACAGACGUGAAGGAAUUGAUACCAGAAUUCUUUUAUUUAUCUGAAUUUUUAUUAAACUUUGAAGGAUUUAAUUUCGGUGUUCGACAAAAUGGUAACAGAGUAGGAGACGUUGAAUUACCGAAGUGGUGCAGCGGCGACGCGCGUCUAUUUAUAUUGGCACAUAGAGCUGCGCUGGAAUCCGACAUCGUAAGGGAGGUAUUGCCAUACUGGAUCGAUCUCGUCUUUGGAUUCAGACAAACAGGAAAACCGGCAAUAGAAGCUAUAAACGUUUUUCAUCCUGCAACUUAUUACGGAUUCGACGUAGAAAAGAUAACUGAUCCUUUAGAACGUCAAGCCUGGGAAACUAUGGUGCGAACUUAUGGUCAAACACCUGCGCAAUUAUUUAGAGCUCCUCAUCCAUUGAUUCAAAAUCUCGGCAAUAUAACACUGUCUAAUCAAACGCCGCAGGUCAUUGAAGGAAUAAAUGGUAUAAAAUGGGGAAAUUAUGUGGGCGCGCCUGGUAAUGAACCCGUAUUAUGUUGGAAGCUUAAACAUAAAACUCUGUUAGCUUCUCUAGUUCCUUUGGCAACUGGUGACGUUUUUGGUUUGCCUAAUUACACCACACUUCUCCUCGGUUAUACUAAAGAAAAAGGUAGCAGCAUGUUAAGCGGUAUGUCUGUAUUGGGUGUCGCAUUAGCAUCAUGGAAUGGCACAGAUGGAAUUGCUAGAUUAAAAUGUAAAAAGGAACAACCGCCAAGGCCUCUAAUUAAAUCUUCAGGCCUUGAUCCCAUUACAACAUUAGCGUCUACUCCCGAUUGCGGGCAACUUUGGAUUGGACAUUUAUCCGGCAGAAUUACAGUGCACGCAUAUACCAUAGGAACCACGGGUAAAAUCGAAUUUAGUUCAGCGUCUGCGACGGUACUUUUGGCUCAUAGAAGUCAGGUGACAGUUAUAUCUUUGUCACGUAUAUUUAGCGUUGCCUGUUCCGGUGAUGGCAACGGUAUUAUUGUUAUUUGGGAUUUAAAUAGCUUAACGUACGUGAGGUCAAUAGUCCGUGACCAAGGUUAUGCUAUACGUCUUCUAUGUAUCAGCGAGACACUUGGAGAUAUAGCCGCUACUUACGACAUUCCCAGAUCAGAGGACAACGCGACCAACAAUCAAUCCGAGUUGACAGUGCACACUAUAAACGCGAGGCACGUGGGUUCCAUUUUAUCCAGAAGACGUAUAACGGCACUCUGUUACAGCAACGCGCCAGAGGGUGUUUCUGUCAAUGUCAUCGCAAUUGGUUUAGACAAUGGAAUAAUAAGAUUAUGGAGCAGUUGGGAUCUGCAAUUAGUCAGAGAGAUUUCGAAUAAUGUGAGAGGUUGCGGCGCGAUAAUUGCUGUAGCGUGGUCACUAGAUCAGCACCACUUAUACGCGGUCACGGAGGACUCCACCGUUCUCAUUUGGGAGGGAUCUAAGCAUCUCAGCAACGGUACUCCAAAAUUUGUCAAUCUAACAUCAUACUGACCUGUGGAACCAUUAUUCCGAUUUAAAAACGAUAGAGAGAAAUGGAGAACUACCUGGGAAUAGAACUUAUAUAUCAAGAAAGAGACUUAGAUUGGAAGCAUAAACAUGAUAUUAUUUCCUAUAUUACACUUGUGGUGUUUAUACUAACGUCUAGUUUUUUUCUAUUGUUUCUUAGUAUGAUUUAUUGAUGUAUAUAAUUAAUUUUUUUAUUCUAUGUUAUUAUUUAACAAUGUGUUUAUUCCAUGCUCAUAUUUUUUUAUUCUCAAUUAAAAUAUUAAGACGUGUAUUGAAGAAAAAAAUGAACAAUGUGAUAAAGUAUUAUUCUUAUCGAUUCUCCCAAUAUAACUAUCAUAACCCAUAAUAUAUUCUACAUUAUAUUUUUAUAUAAAUUUUUAUAUUGAAUCAUGUAUCAUAUUCAUAUAAAUUGUAUGUCUUAUUGUUUAGUAAUGUAAUUUAUACACGUAUAUAUAUAAAUUUUUAUAGAAUAACAUAAUGCAGCAACAAAGACAUGUUUUCAUAAACUCUUUUCCAAUAUUUGCAUUUCUCUUGUUGAGAUUUCUAUGCAUGUAUGUAUAUAUGUAUAUCAAAUAAAUCUUUGCCCCAUUAAAACAUA